AUGGCGGGCACCGCCUCCCUCCGCGGAAGAGACUGGAUUCACUUUGGCCUGCGCAUCCUCUUCUGCGCAUCCGCGAUUGCUCUUCUGGCCGUCACAGCACGCCUAGCAACAGGAUGGGGAGGAGACAAUGAAGAACCGCCGAUUGUGCUUCCCUUUUUUCUAGCAACAGCUUCUCUGGCUAUCGUCACAGACAUCCUCGCUCUAUUCUUGCUUUUCCGGUAUAUAGGUUUCAUCACGGCGAUGGCCAUCCUCGACAUCCUCAUCAUCAUCCUCUGCGCUAUUGGGGCUGCCUCCCUUACAACGGGGGACUUUGCUUUCUACUGGGGUCUUUUCUACCAUGAUUACCCGUCAGUGUUGGAGCAGGCGGAGGUUAUCGUCUUUGCGUUGAAUAUUCUUGUUGCGGGGCGGUUGGUGGAUGAGGGUGAUAAGGAGGUGCCGAUGCAGGCGCAGCACUGCUACCAAUAG